GGCAAGUAACACACGGUAACAUACAUCCGCCAGACACGGACCGGCCGAACGGGGUGCCGCACACAGUUCUUCUCGAUGUCGUUCAACGCAGGCGCCAAGACGUCGCUGCUGCAAUACCCGACCAGCAACAGGAUAUGCGGCGACUCGACACGAAGGCGCAUGAUGAUGCGCAGUGGACUCAGGCCGAGCAAACUGCCCGUGGACUCGGCGCGGUCCUUGCCCUGCACGUCGACACAGCGACCACAGACGAUGCCACCUUCGCAUGGAGGCUCGAGCUAUCACCAAUUUCAUUCCGAUCAUGCCACCCGCACGCUAGAUCGAGCCGAGAUGACCCCGAAGGCGGCAUCAUUUGGUCCACCUGCCCGGAGCGUGCAUUCUUCGUCGUCAACCUACACCCCUACUUCGCAGAGCACAAACCCCCAAGUCGACGCUCGAUCGAAUCAACUGUACCAGCACACUGCACAGUCUAUGGAACGUCCUGUGUCCCGCCAGUCACAACCGACCCAACCCCGCUCCAUUCACCAAAAUUCACAGCAUCGUAACAUCGGCCGUCAGAGAAGCGAGCCGAUCUUGGUGCCGAAGUCGGGCACCUGCGCAACACAAUCGGGUGCACAUACGAGUCAACCUGCCCGAAAGAGGGAAGCAGUGGUUGCUUCGUCUCUUCACAAUCCAGCACACGGAUCGCCGAAGAAGGUCAUUGUCGACUACGACGAAGACGUGAUUAUCAUGGACGAGAACGAUAUCGGGAAGAACAGCCUCUUGGAUACUGAAAACAGCAGCAUCGACGACUGGGACGAUGCGUCCGAGACACUGAACAGUUUCCGCGACGCAAAUGGAAUUCGCGAGCGCGCCAAGCUCAUUCGCACGAUGUCCAAACAGCUACAUCUGCCCAAGGCCGUGGACGUGUCAGGAACCCCACCUGUCCCCACUCGCGCACCACAGCAACAACACUUGCGCAACGACAUGAUUCCCCUCCUCGCAACUCGGAUCUCUACGCCAGAACACGAGUACGCAUCUGACGAAGAAGAGUUUUGAGUUGCAAUUGCGGAUAGGAUAAUAGACCCCAUUUAUAUCAACCUCAUGUCGUUCUUCUGUGUCAAGCAGGAAUGUUUCGCCUACUUCGCCUGGUCCGCUGCCGCCACUGCAACGAUCUUCUUGUGCAGUUGGCGACACGCCUUGUAC